AUGUGGCUAUCCGGUGUACUUCUCCUGAUAUGCCACUAUCAGGUGGUCUUUGCCUUGAAGACCAUCAAGACAAACGAGAUUUCGAUGCCAUCGCUCGGUCAUAAAGAGGAAGUUGCAACAUUCCAUCGGCUUCAAACCAAGGAUAGCCUUCCGCCGAGAUUCCGAUCGGCAAGAUUUGAACGGUUGAGGGGUGCUCCGGAUCCGAUCAAACCAGUUUUCGUCAACCCAGCAUCGCUUGAGUCCGAAGAGCCAUUGAACCCAACUCCACCGGCUCCAAUCGAAGUGGUCCCAUCGUCAGAAUCAUUUACCGAAAUUCCAUCAGACUUUGUUCAGACAUCUGAGACUCCAUCGCCACUCAGUUUCACAGAAUUCAAUAUCGAGUCACUUCCGAUUUUUAAAGAUACUGAUGAACCGGCAAAUGCUUUUGGAGUCCCCACUACUCAAUUGAUACUGACAACUUCUGAGAAGCCGUCGCCGACUACAGACACAACGGUUUCAGAGCCAGCAAUAACUGAGGCUUCAACUGAGCCAGAAACUCCAGAACCUUCCACUUUUGAACCAAUUCCAACUGAACUAGUCGUGACCCCAUCUGAAAUCCCCUCCCCACCACCAUCCUCUACUGAGCAAACAUCUGAUGUUUCUCGAGGAACACCUGCCGUUCACGAGUACGCACAGGAGAGAGUCUUCCCAACAAUGGUUUCAGUCAAACCGUCGAUUGCUUCUAUUGAAGUGUUUCCAAGUCACCAAAUCGAAGUAGCAUCCACCAAUGCAGUGGAAGAGACUCUCCCAACCACCUCUACCAAGGCACCAAGAAAGCGUCGUCAUAGACGAAAACAUCGCAAGUUGCGUAAAGUCACAAAAGCAACAGAGGCUCCGACAGAGGCUCCAACAGAAGUCACAACUGUCAACGAAAUCGUAACCGAACCGUCUACUGAGACAUCCUCAGAGGCAUCAACGACGCCCUCCACAACCACACCUCCGCCAACACACCCAAAUACGUUCCCCACAAGUGGCUCUACUGUAGCAAAAAUUGGAGAAUCCUAUCUUGGAGGCUGGAAUGAAGAUGAAGGAGUCCUUGUCACCACCUCUGGGCCUUCUCUCGGAUCUGCUAUCAACCAAUUCUCUGAAAUUCCAGCAUCGAUUUCUAUUGAUGAUGACAAAGCAAUCAAGGAAUAUUAUGAAAAGUAUUAUGCUGAGUGGUACCAACAACACAAUCAAGCGAUCAACACUCCAGGAGGGAUUCCAACGACAUCUGCGGCAGUUCCCUCUCGUGAAAUAAAAAUAGAACUGGCUAAGCCAACCUCGUCUCCAUCAUUCGUCGCCCCACAACCAACCGCUUACCCAUCCACGGCUGAACCGACAAAGGAGCAAUUGGACAAGGUGUGCGAUUAUGUGGCCAAGAUCUCAAAGUCGUUUGGAAUCAAGGACCUUGUUGGUUUUGCUAAAAACAACUGCGCGUUUGUUAAGAGCUUCCACCCAACGGCCACCUGUGAGCAAAUCCAACAUCUCAUGAGCUACUGUGUAACUGGGAUAUAUGUGCAACAAUAG